AUGGACAGGAUCCGGGACAGCAGGAGGGGCGGCGUGUCCGUCGCGGGCGGGCCGCAGCCGCGGAGGCGCCUUAGGAGCAACGGCGGCGGCAGCGGAGGUGGCGGGGCCCCCAGGGACUCGCCGCGCUCCGAGAGGCGCCGUGGCGAGCGGCUUAUGCUCAACGGCGGUGGCGGCGGCGCCGGUCGGGACGAUGCCGACGACACCUCCGACGAGAGCCUCGGCGACGACGACGACGACGCCGAGGAGGAGCUGGCGCCGCGGUACCAGCCCUCGCAGCGGCGCUCGCCGAGCACCGCGCCUCCACCGCCCUCGCCGCCGCAGCCAGGCGGCGGCCACCACCACAGCAGUAGCAGCAGCGGUGGCGGCGGCGGUGGGGGUUACCACAACCACCACCACCACGGCCAGCAGCAGCAGAUGCAGCGCAAGGGCGGUGGCUCCAAUCCGAAGAGCCCCAUCGUCGCCAAGGCCGUCGACGAAAUGAUCGGCGUGCCUGUCCCGAGGAAGGCUCGCUCAGCUUCAACGAAACGCUCUUCACACGAGUGGCCUGUCCCCGGCGGUGGAACCAGCGGAGGCAACGUCGGCGCCGGAGACGCCUCGCAGAUCCAACGGCCUUCGUCACGGCCGAUCUCCCCGGCGUCGGCCUCAACCACCGCCCCUGCUCGGAAGAAGCUGAAACCUCUUGGUGGUGAAAGAGGCAGCGCCGGUUCAGGGCCAGCGCCGAAGCAGAGGCCAUCGCCGUCCCCAGCGCCUUCAACAACCCCGCCACAGCCGCUGCCACCGAAGAUUUCAAAGUCCCCAUCUUUCAUCCAGGAGGAGAUCGAGGUCGCCGAGGUGCUGUUCGGGCUCACAAGGCAGUUCACCUGCCCUCCCAAGCAGGAGAGCAACCACAAGCUGGAGCCCAGAGACGCACCGGAAGCCAAGUCCGGGAACUCCUCACCGGCCCCCUCGUCUUCUGGCGUCCGACCGUCAGAUUCCGCCUCACUUUCCACUAUAGCGCCAAAGAGGAAGAGACCACGGCUGGUGAAGUACGAUGAAGACAGCCGUCCGGCGAGCCCAGCAAAGCCAGAGUUGGCAGAGCCGUCCUCAAGGUCGGAGGCACCUCCCGCGUCAAGAUCAGAAGGGAAGACAUCUACGUCGGCCGCAGCAGAAAGUGGCAUCAGUGCCGCUGCCCCUGCUGCUGCUCAACUCGAGACUUCGCGAGAGCCAGAGAAGAUGGAAGACCGUGGUAGAAGCAGAGAUCCGGAGCUCCGGCCCAGCGAAUCAGAUCGGCGGGAUCACAGGUCGGAGAGCCGGACAGAACCGCCGGCAGCACCUUCAUGCAAGCAGGACGGUGAAGCAACGCCGGUGGGCUCCGAGGCCAGGAACGGCGAAGCUACAGCCACGACAAAGAUUGAGCUGGCAUCGGAUGGCGCUCGGCAAGAAAAGUUUUGCAUUGAUCUCAUGGCUCCCCCUCCUGGGAAGCUAUCUCCUGAUAGAGAUGGCUCCUCCGACCCUGAUGCAGAUAAGAAGGGAUUGGAUUCUGAGAUGGACAUGUUGGGGAGAGGAAAAUAUGAAAAGAAAGAUGGCGAAAGGACUCGGAGAGGGCUGGAUAUUGAUUUGGAGGACCAGAAGGUGCAAAGAAUUCCGGCUGAUGAGUUCGCGCCGAAGAAGCUCACGCUGCAGUUAGAUUUGGAGAAGCCCAGCCUUGAUGAAAAAUCACCAUCGGAACGACGGCAGCCGCAGCCACCGCAGUCGCAGCAGCAGAAGCCCUCAAAGUCUGAAGUAAAGCAUGAGAAAUCUGCUAUGCCUGCUGUUACACCACCUAUGCCAAUACCUGUUGGAGGCUGGCUGGGGAGUUUCCCACCGUUUGGUUACCUUGGUCCAGUCCCGGGACUAUCAGCAGCUGGUCUUCAUCCCAUGGAUGUCAAACCAGGGUCUUCUAGCGGAUUACAGCAUGCUGCGUUGCUUCCACCACCAACACGCUCAAAGCGAUGUGCUACACAUUGCUACAUUGCGCAAUUUAUCCAGCACCAGCAGCGAGUUGCAAAGAUGAACUCUUUCUGGCCACCAGCUGCGGCGGCGGCAGCAGCUGCUGCUGCCAAUAGAUCGGGGCCAUUCUUUGGUCCGAGGCCAUUCAACAUGGGUGUUGUGCCACCUACGGAUGCAGCCUCCCUGCUUGUGAACCCAAUGCAGGGGAACUACCCUGUUAGGGCCCACACUCCAAUGCAAGAAGCAAAGGCUCCUUCAAUGGCUACCUCACCAUUCCAGGGGAAUCUCUCAAAGGAUAAAGCACUGGGCAAUGCUGCUGGUGCUGAAUCAAGUCAAAGGAAGCAACCCCCUGCUCAUGAAACACAGCAAUCCACCCCUAUGCCAAACAUGCUGCAAGGCCCUGCAUUCAUCUUUCCGUUCAAUCAACAACAUGCUGCAGCGGUGGCAGCUGCAAAUGCUGCCAAUCGAGCUGGGGAUGGAAAAUCUUCUGGAGCCAGCAAUGCGAUGCCACCAUCUGCCAGUGCCCACGCUUCGGCAGCAAACCCUGGUGCUGCGGCCAUGAACUUGAGCUUUGCCAACUUGCAACCGGAUGCCCAGUUCUUGGCGAUCUUACAGAAUGGUGCCUACCCGUUCCAGGUUGCUGCCCAUGCUGGAGGGCCUCCAUCAUAUCGAGGCAUGGCACCGCCAGGCCCAGCUGUUCCUUUCUUCAACGGACAUGUGUACUCUUCUCACAUGAUGCACCCGUCACAGCAGCAAGGUGCACAGCAACAAAGUCAUCAGAAGACCCCAAUGCCAAGCUUGUCUGGUUCAUCACAGAAGCAUCAGCCACAACAAUCCCAAGGGCUAUUGGGAUAUGCACCAAAUGCUAAUGCAGCUGCCGCCGCCAGUAAUUCCCAGAAUUAUUCUGGUAGCAAUCAGCGCCCUGUGCUACUAUCUGGCCUCACACACCGACAGGAGGGUGACAAGACUGGGCAAGAUGGCCCAUCAAGUGACGACAAGUCUCACCCUCAGAAGGGUGGAUAUGAACACAAUUUUGCUGUUCCGGUUCAUCUUCCAAAUUUUGCACUAAUGCCAGCUGCUCAAACUGCUGGCAGUCAGAGUGAGAAGAAGUUAAGUGAACACCAUCACCAGCAGCAGCAACAGCCACAAGUCAGCCGUGGCCAGGGUGUGAGGAUUGAUCUUGCAUCCUCUCAGCCUUUUGUGAUGCCCGAAGGCCCAUCGGAAUAAGAAGAUGGCCAACAGGGCAGCCCAGGUGGGGCGCCUAGGGUUGGGCGCCGUGACCCCUUCGGACUCCAAGAAGCAGCAAGACAUAGUUAUCCUCAGCUUAAUUUCGCUGCAGCUCAAUCUGUCCAAGCCACACAGAACAAGCCCCAACACCAGAUCACUGGAGAACCGAAAUCAGUUGCUGGGGAUUCAUCCUCCACACCGACCGCUGGCGACAGCGAGAGAAAGAAAUCGGCUUCCACGAAGUACCCGGGUGAUUCCCAGCAGCAUUCACUGUCCUUCACCAGAACAGAAAGCAAGUCUUACGUGCCUGCAUUCCUUAGUGGCAGCACAAAUGAGAACUCGUCUCGCACCUUGAGCCUUAUUGGAGCAGAAUCUCCAAACACCUUUGGUAUGGGGAGUAAAUCCACAAGUUCUUCCACCGCUGCAUCUGCACCAGCUGCAGCUUCGUCCACCAUUUCUCAGCAGCAACAGCAGCAGCACCAGCAGCACCAGCAUUUCCUUCAGAUGCACCAGAAGCAUCAGCAGAUGAUUCAGCAGCAACACCAUCUGAAUCGGCCUAGAUCUGCUGCACCAAGUACACCAAAUAAUGCAGGUGGGUACCCAGACCGUCUGAACAUGGCGAGCUUUCAGAAUAUGAUGUACCCUGCAAGUGCUACCCAAGGGGGAGUUCAAUCUCCUCAAUUGAAGGCAUCUUCAGGGAGAGGGACACCUUCAUCUGCUGCUACGACUCCACCUGCUGCUCCACCCUCUAAUUUGAUUGUGAUGAAGAACAGCGGUCUCCACCAGCAACAAGCAAAAGUUCAUAUGCAGGCCCUCUCCACGCCUGGUCACCAAUCCCAGAGUUCUUUAAGCAUGAGUUCAUCAAAAAUGGGGCCUUCUUUAACCAACCUUUCUACUGGAGGAGGGGAUCUAUCUCGAUCUUCAAAUGCUCCUGUGGCUUCCGGUUCACCAUCUCGAUCCAAUUCAGUGUCCAAAAGUACAGGUGGCAGCCCACCUGCUACUGGAAGUGCAAAGGGUGUUCAGCAGCCUGUCCAAUUGCCAUCACCACAGCAGUCAGCGACGAACCCUGCAUCGACAUCCAGCUCCAAGUCAACUCCAGCAAAUCACUUCAGUAUGGCUAUGCCAUCAAUCCUUGGUCAACAGCCGAAUGUGUCACCAGGUUCCAAUGCGGGGAGCAAGCAGCAGUCACACAUGCCCCCCUCAUCAUUGAAACAGCAGCCGUUCCCACAAGGCCAUUUCUUCAUAUCCAAUGCGUAUGCGCCACAAGCACCAGGAGCUGCUGGCCCUGCUGCCCUCGGCCUCUACCAGAAGCGCCCAGGCGACAAGGCGCAGCAGCAGGCGCCCCAUCAACAGAAUGCCAUGCCAGCUGCUGCUGGCAAUAACAUGAAGGCGCUUCAUCCUCCUGGUGGCUUUAUGCAUCUUGCAGCGGCUGCCCAGUCUGCGGGGGGUGUGCAGCACUCACACAUGUCGGCGGCGCAGUUGACUUUCGGACCAAUGCCGAUGCCUGUAAAGCCCUCGAGCGAUCAGAAGCCUGCUGCUGGAAAGUAGACAAUCCGGACACCCAUGCUUUGGAGUGGUAAUCUGAACUGGCGAGCUAACUAUUCAGUGGAAGGGCGAAUGGCGGCUACGCCUCUCGGAUGAAGAAGAGGAGAAGCGAUCACAAUAGCAGCGGUGGCUCAAAGAACCCACUCAGCUGCUGGUGGUGGUCACAAAGGGAGGCGCGCCUGCUCCAUCCUUGCAGAAGCCCUUGCUAACUUAAGAAGUAUUCGGAUUUUGGAAUGGUUGAUGGGAGUGAUACUUUUGUGUAGUUGGUUGGUUAUCCUCCCAUGGCGGAAAAGACCGGAGGAGGUGCAUAGAAAUCUCUCUUUUUUAUCCCCUUUUUAUGCAUGGAUGGAUGGAUGCCCAAAGCUGGUCUCUCUAGUGGCAUUGCUCUUUGUUUUUUUUUCCUCAGCUUAACUGAUGAAGGAAAGAUUCAAUUAGAAUGCAGGAUCAGGUAACCUUAUGAUGCGGUUGUUGGUGCUCCCAUCAUAUAAUCUGUCAGGACACACUCUGCUUGGAUUGUUUUUAGCUUGUUAGGGGAGAAGGAAAAUAUGUAUCCCAAGUAGAAUAGAAGCCAGCCAAGGGGUUGGUGGUGGCAUGGCAUGACCUGGCUCCGGGUUUGUUGUAAGUAGCUUUGGGGGGGAAAGGAAAUGGAUGAAUGAAAGUGACUGAUUAUGGAUGCAGUACC